AGUCGGUGCCGAACCCCGCGACCGGCCUGCCGGCUUCUGCGAUCCGGUCUUCCUCCCAUGUCCCGCAGGUCCUCUCGGGCCCGCAAGUCCCGUUCGGCCCCCAAUGUCAGCUCCGCAUGGUAUGUCGGUUAUGCCGAGGACAACGAGUCUGUCGAGGCCAUCAUGAAGAAGUUUGAGGAGCUCGAUCGCCUACAGAUGGAGGUCCAGCGGGAGCAGCAAACACAACUGCAAGUGCAGCCAACCCAGAAAAAACCCAGAUCCAAGCGCAAGACGCCGACAGAGGUCGUUUCAGAACAUCCAUCAUCCAGUCAGCCCCGCGAGUCGGCUGCCCAAGAAAUCGAGCCGAUUUUAUCACAGCAACAGUUGGAGGAGCUUUUCAAACGAACCUCUGUCUUCAGUCUUCAAUCGGCGCUCACAUCGAAUCCGUUCGAAGAUGAAGAGGUCUGGCUUCAAAAUCAUCCCCAGGAUGACACCAACUCGGUUGAAGAGGAACCCAACGACUAUCAAGUUGUGGACGACGACGUGUGGGAUAGCGACAUUGCUCGAGAACGGCCUCCGCCCGAGCCAUCCCGCUCGCCGUCGCCGUCGCCACCGCUGUCGAUUGGGCUGUCCCUGUCCCCGGCGCCGCUUUCAGCUACUCAAGAACAGCCAAGUUCCGCCCCAAGUCGGGACACGGCUCAGGCGGCCUCUAUGGGUGCACCAAUGGACUCAUUUCGAGAUAUCACGGAGGCGAUUCUGGCCGAUAGUGAACCUGUUGCUCUCUUUGGGGUCCAGUUUGAAGAUUUCUCCGACUAUCAGCUCAACAUUCCUCUCGACACCGAGUUUGGUCGGUUGUGUAGCGCAUAUCCACCAUCGACGGCAAUGGAGAUGAGAACUCUCUCUCCAACCGGUCGUGAUCUCCCGAGCGCAAUGGAUUUGAGCUUAUUCGAUUGUGCAUCUCCUCUGGAGUCCAUUGAGGCGGACGAUCCACCUUCGAUCGUAAUUACCAGAACGACCAUUGACACCAAAGCCCUCCCUGCUGAGCGACUGUCGCCUCGACAACAGUUCGACUCGCUCUCUGGCUCUGAUAGAUCGCUCCACCUGCUCCAAGCUGUAGAGCCAUUGCCGCCGUCCCCUCAAUCUUUUGUAGCCCAAGAUGUGCCCAGCGAAUUGAUACGCGGCAAAGAUCCGACCCCCUCUGGAUCCAAAAAACGAAAACGGGAGGUCAAUCGCAUCAGCAAGUCUCGAGCAACACAGAGAGUGGAUACGGCUUCCAAACCCAGCUCUCAGCCCGAGUCGCCUGCGAUGGCACAGAGACCAAUGUCAAGACCGGAGCCGGGGGCAAAAUCCCUGUCGACAAUUCAAACACAAGUGGCUGAGUCUGAGUCGAUACCAACCUUGACUCUCUCGGUUACAAGGCCCACUGCUCAAACUACCGCAGCGACAUUAGCAUCAGCAAAGCCGUCCCUGAAACCGGGGCCGACACAUGUGACAAGUUGCACUUCAUACGGGCCGUGCCUCCUUGCAGACGCAGUGCCUCCCACACCACCCCCUGUAUCACAGCCCGCGGCCCCGAUCUCUGUCUGUGUUGAUUUGGCCUCGCCAGUCUCCCUUCCUCCGUCAUCCGAGUCCACGGGUGGCCCGCCCUCUCCGGUCGACAUCAUCACCAUUGCAGAAUUGGCGCUCCCUCCAAAGCCCAAGGAAAAGAAAACGAUUGACCGGGAAAUCAUGAUCAACCGUUACAGAUCGCUUGCAAACGAGAUCCAGGAGCGAACUGCGACCGUGUACAUUGCUAAGAAACCACCUCCAACCAUCGACCCCACACUGCCGACCUACAUCCGUAUUCCGGCGGCGCCAGUUUCCCGCGCAUGGCUCAAGACCAUUGAGCCUUUCGAGCAUUCGCAGCAACCACUAUGCAGGUCUAGGCACCUUGAAGCUGAUAUCUUGAAUAUGGACCUCAAGAGCCUCGGGAACUCCUUUCAAGCAGUCCACAUGGAUCCCCCCCUCACGUUGAAGCGUGGGGGGGAAAAGGGAAAGGUCACUCCUGAGCAGCUCUGCUCGAUAGACAUACCCUCGAUCAUCAAAGUGGGCUUUAUAUUUGUUUGGGUCGAAAAGGAGUUCACCCCCGUAAUCCUGCGGAUAUGUCAAUCGUGGGGAUUCCGGUAUGUCGAGAACUUUGCCUGGAUCAAAAAAUAUGUCAACAACAAGAUUGCGCGUCAGCCCUACAAGUACUUUUGCAAAUCCAAGACAACUUGUUUGAUUUUUCGAAAGGAAGGCGAAAUCGAGAUGCGACAUCAACGCAACCCUGACUGCGAGUUUGAUUUCAUCAAGCCCGAAACACCAGGUGAUCCGAGAGAACAAAAGCCGCCGUACAUAUACACUGUCAUCGAGACACUUCUCCCCGAAGCCUCCCGCGGGGAUGGCGACAAGCUCUUGGAACUGUGGUCUCGUGAUGGAUUCAGCCGCGAAGGCUGGACAACCGUCACCGACAUUGCAUACGCCGAGACGUUGACCUGAACAUCCACCAACAGAAAGCAUAUGGACCUCCGAGCAGCCGGCGUCCGCCUUACGCCAAUACCACUACCACCACUACCACCACUACCACCACUACCACCACUACCACCACUACCACCACUACCACCACUACCACCACUACCACCAC